UAAAUUUAGAUGUUCCUGACUCCAGUUCCAGUGUGCCACCUCACUGCCUCAAAUAUUGAUGGAUUGAAAUCUGUACUGUGAGGAAGUAUUCACAUCGAUGAAAUUAUGGAUCAACCAAAGUUGUUUUUUUGGGGGGGAAGAGAACUUUCAUAAAAGGGGGAGCUUAAGAGUCAAAGCCAGGGAGCUUUGGAGAAUCUUUGCAUAUUGACUUAGAAGGAAUUAUUCAAACGUCUAAAGCACUGGGGAUAAUACACUGGAUCUGGGAUUUCACUGAUACAAAGAACACCCAGAUGACAGAACUUCCUCAACCAAAACUAUUGGCACCUUUUCUGCUACUCAUGGUCCUGAAGAGUUGCGUAGAGCAAGGAGGGGUUAAGUGACUUGCCCAGGGUCACACAGCCCUUAUACAUCAGAAGUAGUACUUGAAUCCAUAUCUUUCUGCCUUUGACUCUGGGUUCUCUAUCUACUAUGCCAGGCUGCCUCUCAAAUAGAUAGAUGGUAGAUAGAGUGAUUUUUCUUUCUCUCUUCCUCUCUCUCCCUUCUCCCUCCCUCCCCUCUCUAUUUCACUAUCAAGAAUUUGGCACAAAACCAAAAUAAAAAAGAGAAGUAAAUUCAGUGCCCAAGCCAAAAUACUCCUUUCCUUCCCCUCCCUUCUCCCCAGACUCCCCGAUUGCCUAGGGAAAAAAACACCAGGGAUUGAGACUUAGAACAAGUCGAAGGAAGGGCGUUCGGCAAAGAACAAGGAGUCCUUGCCAUAGUUUCUUUUGGCUUUCUAAAACAUACAUUUGGAAGCUCAGCCUUUCUGACAUCUCCCAGAAGACUCGAUUGCAGACCUCUCUAAGGUGGUAGAACUGCUUAAUAAUGCUCUAGACAAGAGAAAAUCCUUCAACAGAGAUUCCAGAACUAUAGGUAGAAAAAACGGCAACUGGAGUAUGUGAAGGAGAUAUUAUAAUAUCUAUCUCUUCUGAGCCCGAAAUAGUUCCACUACCGUCUUCUCUUGCUGUUGGCCGAAGUACUGAAAAUACUGGGCAACUUCCAGACAAACGUCAACAACGUUUGGGGUGAUGGUGGUGGAAGGGGAACAGCCUCGGGGUAUCCAGAUGCAUUCGUCAUAAACGGCGCAUCAAGAUCAUUGGCACCUUAUUUUUUUUUCCCCUCUGCGGUGAAGACUAUGCUCGGUGGGGUGGAUGACUACAGAGAAGAGAAAACCAGACUGCAUUAGAGUCAGUCUUUUACUGAUACGGGGGCAAGGAGGUGGGGCGGCCAUACAGGUGGGGAGAUUUCUCAGUCCCCCGGGCCGGCCGACUCUUUUUCAGUGUGCAACGCAGCUUAAAUCUAGCAAGGGCCCACUACAGAAUGCAAAAGCUGUAAGCCUCGGAGAAAACGUAGUCUCCAGAUUUUGGAGAGGUGGAGGGGGUUGCGCAGGCAGGCGGUGCAUGCGCAGUAGGGCAGAGGAGGCGGAGAUGACUAAGGGAGGAGGGAGGGUUGCUGUUUAUUUGCAGCUGGACCAACUUGCAGAGGUAGCAGCCAAGCGCAGGUCCCCGGUGGUGGGUGGGUAAGUCGAUCUGCUGCUGCCGCACCAUGCUCGCUCCCAGCUUGCUGGUGCUGCCUUCUGUCAGAGCCCUCGAGGAGGAGGAUGCCAGUCGCUCCAGAGCAGCCAGGGCAGCAGCGGCAACAGCAGGAUGGUGGUGACAACCUCUGCCAGUGGCGGCGUUGGCGGCGGCAGCAGAAGGGAUCGGGCUCCCUCGGGCCAGCGCCAAAGGGGCUGCUGCCUGGCGCCGGCGGAGGCUGCGGUGCUACUGACCACAGUCUGCUGUCUGUGUUAUGCAAACUCCCUGCCGGGCGAGUUUGUGCACGACGACGUGUGGGCAAUUGUGAACAACCCAGACGUUCGGGCGGCUGCCCCUCUGACAUGGGGCAUCUUCGCCAACGAUUUCUGGGGCAAAGGCAUGGCCGAAAACACCAGUCACAAGUCCUACCGUCCUCUCUGCGUCCUCACCUUCAAGCUAAAUGUAUAUUUGGCUGGCAUGAACCCAUUUUAUUUCCAUGCGGCAAAUAUAAUUUUACACUGCUUGGUGACUCUGGUGCUGAUGUACACAUGUGACAAAAUUGUCUUCAAGGACCAUCGACUUGCUUUUGUUACUGCAUUGAUUUUUGCUGUGCAUCCCAUUCACACAGAAGCAGUGACUGGCAUCGUGGGCAGAGCAGAUGUAUUGGCUUGUUUGCUAUUUCUAUUGGCAUUUCUCUCCUAUAAUAGGAGCAUGGAUCUGCUUUACAUUGGGGAGUGUUUUCUUCCGAAGACUUCUUCAUUCUUUCUGCUGCUCAGUUUGUUUCUGGGGACCUGUGCAAUGUUGGUCAAAGAGACUGGAAUCACCGUGUUUGGAGUGUGCCUAGUCUAUGAUCUUUUUUCCCUACCUCACAACAGAGGUAAAUGGAGCAACCAAGAAGUGCAACAGUGGAUUUCUCACCAGGCUGUAGCCUCUGAACUCUCCUUGCUAUCCUCCUCUCACAAGGAAAAUGCAAAGCAACAUCCCAAAGGGACAUGGAACUCAUGCCCCUCCCUAUCGCCUACUGAACAGAAGAAUGUAAUCCCUGUGUCCAGACCAACAAUGUGGAACAUUUUGAGGUACCUGACUGCAAAUAGCAAUCAGAAUUUCCUGUGUGUCACAAGGCCAUUUUUAAAAAGAGCUGCUUUGGUUAUAAGCUAUGUAAUUGUGACUUUAUGCUUCCGAAUGUGGAUAAUGGGAGGAUCCAUGCCAUUGUUCUCAGAGCAGGAUAAUCCAGCUUCAUUUUCACCUUACAUUCUUACAAGAUUCCUUACAUAUUCCUACCUUCUGGCUUUCAACACCUGGUUACUGCUGGCACCAGUUACUUUAUGCUAUGACUGGCAGGUUGGAAGUAUUCCUCUAAUAGAGACUAUAUGGGACAUACGGAAUUUAGCCACCCUUCUCCUGGUUGUGGUGAUGCUGUUUCUGAUUCUGCAUUGCUUAACAGCAUUCAAGAGCCUGGAACAUAAUGAAGUUCUAGUUGGUUUGCUUUUCCUGGUUUUCCCAUUCCUCCCAGCCAGCAACCUCUUCUUCAAUGUGGGCUUUGUCGUGGCAGAAAGAGUCCUGUAUAUGCCUAGCAUGGGCUACUGCAUACUUUUUGUCCAUGGUUUAAAUAAGCUCUAUACGGCGUUAAAUCGAUGUGGUGCCACUACCUUGAUGAUGUCUACUUUAUUGCUUCUGCUGCUUUUCUUCUGCAAAACAGUGAAACAGAAUGAAAUUUGGCUGUCGAGAGAAUCUCUCUUCAGGUUGUAUCCCCAUCAUGCAAGUGCCCUGAACAACCUUGGAACGCUGACCAAAGACAGGACAGAAGCAAAGGAGUACUAUCAAAGGGCUCUACAGCUAAACCCACAGCAUAACCGAGCUCUUUUCAAUCUUGGAAACCUACUCAAGUCUCAAGGGAAGAAAGAAGAAGCUAUCAUCUUUUUAAAAGAUUCCGUCAAAUUUGGCCCAGAGUUUGCAGAUGCUUAUUCAAGCCUGGCUUCACUGUUAGCUGAGCAGGAAUUGUUUCGGGAAGCUGAGGAAGUUUAUCAGACCGGAAUUAAGAAUUGUCCAGAGAGUUCUGACUUACACAACAACUAUGGAGUUUUUUUAGUAGAUACUGGGGCUCCAGAAAGUGCAAUGUACCACUACCAACAGGCCAUCCAACUUAGCCCACGUCAUCAUGUGGCCAUGGUUAACCUUGGCAGACUCUACAGGUCUUUGGGAGAGAACAAAGAAGCUGAGAAAUGGUACAAACGGGCCCUGGAUAUAACACGGACAGCUGAAAUACUGUCCCCCUUGGGAGCACUAUAUUAUAACACUGGCAGGUACGAAGAGGCAUUACAGAUUUACCGUGAAGCUGCAGCACUCCAGCCUUCAGCUAAGGAAAUCCAGCUGGCUCUGGCUCAGGUUUUAGCUAUGAUGGGGCAGACAGAAGAAGCUGAAAAAAUGACCAACCACAUUGUGUCAGAAGAGGCUGGAUGCCUGGAAUGUUAUCGCCUGUUGUCAGCAAUCUACAGCAAGCAAGAACAUUACCCCAAGGCACUAGAAGCUAUAGAUAAAGCUCUACAGCUAAAGCCAAAGGACCCUAAAGUCGUAUCUGAGCUUUUCUUCACAAAAGGAAACCAAUUAAGAGAACAGAAUUUUCUUGAUAAAGCAUUUGAGAGCUAUCAAGUAGCUGUGCAACUGAACCCAGACCAAGCACAGGCCUGGAUGAACAUGGGUGGAAUUGAACACAUCAAGGGAGACUAUGUUUCUGCGAGAGGUUAUUAUGAGAAAGCCUUACAACUGGUUCCAAAUAGCAAGUUGCUGAAGGAAAAUCUGGCCAAACUGGAUCGAUUAGAAAAGCGAUUACAGGAAGUUUCAAGAAAAAGAUCAGACACAGUAGCACUUUGACUGAGGCUCUUGGGGUAGUUUGAGCUCUCUGGGAGAGGGAAAAUUAUUGGGAGGCUUCAUUUUCAUACCAGUGGAGACAAGACUUUGGUCAAGCUGAUCAUCCAGGAUGGUGCAUAUGGAUACAUCUCUUGCUAACACUAAGUGCAAUGAAAUUUGUAUAUUUCCACAGGUCAUAAAGAAUGGUCAAUAGCAAAGGAAAAGAAUAAGGAAAUAACCUCAUUUUAACCAACUGUUAUGCUUGGGUUAGCCCUAGGGAUCCCUCCAAAUAUUGCUCUAUUCUAUCAAUUCUGAAAGCUGAUAUCUUUUUUUCAGUUAUUCAUAUCAAGAAAUUUAAAAAGCAUUAGACUGUGGAGGCACAGCAUCUACUUCUUGUAGAGGGGGAAAAGAAAAUGGAAGAAGAUCCUGAGACUGAAUACUUACAAGGCAAACCAAAUAGAAAAUUCCAUGGAGUAUUAGUAAAAGACCACCAAGGGAUAAUUUACUUAAUCCUGAGGGCCAGUGUGAUAUUAUCUGCAACCUUGGAGAGAGAAUGGGGAUAAAUAUCUGGAACCUUGGAGAAAGCACAGGGAUAAAAGGAUGAUGCAAGGGAAGGGGGGGGUACUAUUUUCAAAGUUCUAUUAGGAGUAAACAAUGGCCCACUCUCAUAUUUCUUUUUUUUUCAUCCUCAUAUAAUUUAUAAGGAAAGCCACUAGAAUUAUGCUUGGAAAUCCCUGCCUGUCCAUGUGUAAAGGGAAGGGCAGGAGGAAGAAAGAGAAAAGGACAGUGUAUAAUUAAUUAUUAUAAGGAAAUGUUACUUGAAUAUUUUAUUGUCAUUAAACAUGCUAUCACUUUUGUAAUAGUUCCCCUCCAGUAUUUUAACAGAGCUGUUAAAAUCACAAACACUAUUCUCAUGCUUUCAUUAUGGGUGAGAGUUUACCAUAUGUAGUCACCCCCAGAUCUUCCUAGUCACAUUCUGCCCAUCUUCUUGCUACUCCAUUGUGAGUGUCCUUUUCCCUUUCUACCUCUUAGUCUGGACACACUAAUUAAAUCAACACUACCAUUUCUGAAAAGGGUGUGUCAAAUCAAUGCCCUAUAAUUCUACUCACCAUUCUUAUGUUUUUCCAAAUGAAAAAAAACCAUCUCUGGCUCCUACUUCCUUAAUAUAUCAUAUAUAUGUGUAUAUAUAAAUAUGAUAUUUAUAAGACAUGAAAGAUGUGAUAUAUCUAUAUUGCAU